AUGAUCAAAUUAAAAUCAGUUCCCAAUGACAUCGCAAUAAUACAAGCAUAUAUGCCCAUAACACAAGCGAACGACGGAGAAGUGGAAGAGAUCUACGAAAAGAUAGAAGAACUCAUUAGUCUCACAAAUAGUAAGGAAAAUUUAAUUAUCAUGGGAGACUGGAAUGCGAUUGUGGGUGAAAAUAUAGACGGCAGAGAAGUUGGUAAAUAUGGACUCGGAACAAGGAAUGAAAGAGGUGAUCGUCUUGUCGAAUUCUGUAGACAACAUGAUUUAAUUAUAACUAAUACUUUAUUCAUGAAUCAUAAAAGAAGACGCUACACAUUUAAAAUGCCAGGAGCUGAUAUUGACAGUGAUCACAACCUGGUAAUGAUCAAAUCCUUAUUGAAAUUUAAGAAAUUAGAAAGACCGAAAAAUAAAGGUCAUGAUUGGAAUUUGUGUCAACUAAAGCAACCAGAAAUAAGAAAACUGUUCGAAAAAAAAAUGCAAAGAAAAACUUGA